GGCGUAUUCCCCAUCCGGACAGGGUUCGAAACCCACCUCUUGCAAAAAAAACUUAGUAGGAGAGUUUCUAUGUCUUCACUCUCCCAAAAAUGUUGGUUACGCACGCGCCACCCCGCUGGAUAAAACCUCUUGUAUUGGAUGGCAUUCUUUCUUCGUUAUCUCCACGCAUUGUGUCUCACCGACAAACUCCGGCAAUCAAACUUCUCAACUCCCACUAUUGCCGGAACUCGUGCCGUACAAUUGCUAUGGCAGCACCCAAAGUCGAUUCAUCGGGCGAGUCAUUGCCGGAACACGCCGCCGGGAAGUGGUACUCAGUUCCAGAUCUCCUUGGUAAAGAAGAUCAACCACUGCCAUACCUCCUGUUUCUGCAAGGUGGACCGGGUUUUGAAUCCCCGAGACCAACUGAAGGCAGUGGAUGGAUACUUAAAGCUUGUGAGGAGUUUCGUGUUAUAUUAAUGGAUCAGAGAGGAACAGGAUUAUCAAUUCCGCUGACAACAUCAUCUAUGCUGCAAUUUACUUCUGCCCGGGAUUUGGCUGAUCACUUGAAACAUUUUCGUGCUGACAGUAUAGUCAAUGCUGCUGAGUUUAUCCGCGUUCGACUUGUUCCUGGUUCAGGACCUUGGACAGUUUUGGGCCAGAGCUAUGGAGGUUUUUGUGCAGUCACCUAUUUGAGUUUUGCACCACAAGGAUUGAAACAAGUGCUUCUGACUGGAGGAAUACCUCCAAUUGGAGAUGGAUGCACUGCAGAUACUGUUUAUGGAGCUUGCUUUGAGCAGGUUGCUCGUCAGAAUGAAAAAUACUACAAGAGGUAUCCUCAGGAUAUUGAAGUUGUUCGUGAAGUUGUAAACUAUUUGGCAGAAUCUGAAGGGGGUGGGGUUCCUCUUUCAUCUGGGGCCAUCUUGACCCCAAGGGGGCUGCAACUUCUUGGUCUUUCCGGUUUAGGAUCUAGUCCAGGUUUUGAACGCCUUCAUUAUCUGGUCUGGGAUCCUGCAAUAGUCCCAGGAGCACCUAAGAAGAUUAGUUUCUACUUCUUGAAUGCUAUAAGUUUGACAAUUGAUUGGGUUUUGAUUCAAACCCACUCUAUGCUCUUAUCCACGAGUCAAUUUACUGGUGCUUCAUCUCGGUGGUCUGCUCAACGAUUGAGGGCUAAACAUGAGAACAAAUUUGAUGCAAUCAAGGCUGAAGGUGAAGGACGCCCUGUACUUUGUACAGGGGAGAUCUCUGAGAAAGCCACUAGCCUUCUGAACAAACCUUCUGCAGUAGCACCACGACAAGUGCCUGAGUGUCUAAGAGUAAAUAUACAACCAAGUGAUGAACUGGUUAUGGCAGCCAAUGCCAUACCACUCAGUGACAUGGCCCAGAGUAACAGGAGUGGUGAGUGCACAGAGCAAAAUGAGAAAGAAAAAGCUAGAAACUGGGACGUUAUAAAACGAAAUGAAGCUAGCAGAACAAUGAGAAAUACCCAAAUAGAACUUGGCCUUACAGUAAAUUGAGGUUACCUGCAAACUCAAGUGCUUGACCUUAUUGAAACAGUUUUGGGUAUUAAACAAAUGGAACUUUCAUUAAAUUUAGGCUUUUUUACACUUCUGACAUUGUUUAAAUUUUCUUAAUGAAACAAUUUAUAUUCU